AUGUGCACUCAGUAAAAUAUCUAAGAUGCUCUCAAACUUAAAAUGUUUGAUAGCACAUUUGAAGUAGAUUAGAAUUAUGAGUUAAAUACUUCCUUAAUUGUUAAAUAAUAUAUAAGACCCAAUUAAGGAAAGCAAGAAACAGUUUUUAGAUCAGACGUUGGAAUGAUGUAAUCAAUCAGAAGAUUGCAUAUGAUAUUUUGUGACAGAUAGAAAAGAAAGAAGGAUGGCAAAUUAGUGAGUAUCGUGGAAAUCUUUUAAUACAUUUCUGAUAGAUUUAGGGCUUUGAGCACAGAGUUAAAACAAAUAGAAUCAAAAAAUAGAUCCAGUAUCUCGAAUAGCUAAGUAAAAUAAUUUAGUUGUUAAAUAGUCCGAAUAUAUCUGCUGUCAUAUUUAGAGAUGAUGUAGGCAGAUUAAAAUUGGCCAGUGUUGUAGGACAAUAAAAAUAACUGUCAUAAGUAUCUGCUUGAUGCACUUGAUGAUUUAGCGAUCGAUUAUAAAAAGCUAUUUAAUGAGAUCAACGAAAGUAGAUUUUACCUGUUGGACAAUCUACCAGAGUUUAUUUCGUAUUACCAUAUUAUGUUGAGUUAAAAGAUUCUCUCAACUAAUUCGAUUACAAAGUUGGCAAAUUUGGAUAAUGUUAUCUUUUCAGAAUUUAGUUACUUUGAUAAAUUAAUUAAAACGUCUGAAUAUCAAUUUAGCUAGUUGGUGAAGGAAUACUUAAUAUAGAAAAAUUAUAGUGCUUUGCUAGAUCUUGGAUAAAAUAGUAACAUUACUUUAUUUUAACAAUUUUUUAUAUAUUUAUUUUAAGAUUAAAUAGAACAAUACAUCGAGAAAUUUAAUCAACAGAUAUUUCAGCACGAAAAGCUUAAACUAAAUUUUAUUAAUAUUGGGUCAAUAUAUCAGAAAUGGCUAUAAAUAGAUGACAAAAUUUCCUUCAUUAAUAAAAGGGGAGAUUUUUCAAAAAUGAUCUUUCAAUAAGGGCAAAUUGAAAACAUUAACUACUUUUUCCGUAAUGAAAAAUCCAAUCAACAAGAAAUUUAAUAAGAAAUCAUCAAACAACAAUCCUAAAAACAAGUAGAUUAAGAAACUAAAAAGAUGAAAUCAUCUAUUUAAGAGAUAUUGCUUCAACUCUGUUAAAAGUAGGUUUUAAACAAAUUUACAAAAUUUUUAGCUCCUCAUUUAGAUAAGGUUGAUGAAUAAUUGGGUAACUUUUAUAAGAUGCAAAGGAUUUUGAAACAUUGGAGAUUAUACUCAUUAACUGAAAAGAGAUACAAAAACUUUGUGAAAUUGUGUUAAUAAAAAAAUGAGAAAAAUGUUAAAAAAUAAAUUAAAAUCAUCGAUUAACCUAAUUUUAGAAUCGAUUUAUCGAGGAAACUAAUCCAACAAAAUCCUGCUUAAAAAAAUCAAUACUAUAAGAUUGUCAUUUUAAACAAUGACGAAUAAUAACAACAAUUGGUUUCAAAGUUAAUCUUUAGUUUAUGUGAUUAAUAGCUAUCUGGAUAAGACGAUUCCAUAAUCAUUGAAUAGAAAAUAGCUUACUCAAAAAGUGAAUAUACAUUGUACAUGAGCGUUUAGAUUAUGUCAUAACUAGAGAAAGAACGAAUAUGCGGAACUGACAUCUAUAUCGCUAUUGGAGAUGUUCUAAAAGUAAAUGUCGGCAAACCCUGUUUAUAAAUAGUGUUUGAUUAAGACCUAAUAGAAAAUUCAGAGACUUUGAAAUUGGACUAUGAGUAUAUUGCAUUGUUCGAUAAACUUGAUGAAAGCUAUGAAUUUAAUAAAAAAUUAAAUGAAAUAGUCAAUAUGGGGUUAAAAUCUAGGAAAGCAAUAGAAGAUUUGAAAUUAAUUUCUUUGGGAGAUUAUCUGAAAGAAAUAAAAAGAACAGAAUGUCAAGACUAUUAGAAGGAUUAAAUUGAAUAUUUUAUUACUAGAUGUGUUUAGGCAGAAUUGUGCCUGGAAGAUGCAUUAAAUAAUAAUAUCUAUUCAGAUGAUUUACCUUAAGAACUUCUCUUUGAUAGAUAUGUAGAUCAGGAACUUGUUUUAAAAUACGUUGCUAAAUUCAAUCCAGCAAAUAGAUUAAUGAUACCUCUCUGCAAUUUACUAUAGAAGAAUACAAUAAAUGAAAGAGUAGUACUAAACCAGAUAAAAGAUUAUCUAGACGAAUACUUGGAUGAAGAGGAAUUAUUAGUUUUACUAAAAAAUCACUUCAAAUUUGGAAUAAAUUGCCAAGGAGACUGGAAGUUGUUAUUUGAGUUCAUUAUGGAGUAGUUGGUGUAGUACCUUGAGGAUUCUGACAUAUAUUUUGUAUUGAAAGGAACUUACAACACAAUUUUGGAUCAAAAUAAAUUGAAAGUCAGAGUUCAAAAGGAUCUUCGUCAAUUACUUAAUAAGAAUUAAGUGUAACAACAGAAAAGUCAAAUAAUGUCGAAAAUAUUUAAAUCUGAAUGGCUUGAAUUAAUUGAAAAUAAAAAAGUUUGCAAAUGA